AUGGGGCGCGCGGCUGUGGCGGGACCCCGGCGCGGUGGCGCGAAGCGGGUCCGGGAACGCAGCGGGCACCAGGCGGAGCCGCCACCGCCAGGUCUGUGCGAGGGGCCGGGGGGUUCGGGGCAGCGUCGGAGUGAAAGUGGGUCACGGCGGGGCCCAACGCCGCGGGCAGGGCGGGACCGGACUUGCGUGCCCCGGCCCGAGCCGGGGCGUCUCCCGCGUUCCCGGGCGGCCACGCCUGUGCGGCUGGCCCCCUGCCCGGCAUCCCGGACCGCCCUUAACCCGACCGGUCCCGUUCCUCACUGGGCAUCCGCGCCGGAUUCCUGGGGAGGCGGGCCGGACCGGGCGGCGAGACCGGAGCCUGACGCCGACUAUUCAGUGCCCGCAGUGGCCAGGGCCAUGGGCACUCCGGCCUCGGUGGUGAGCGACUCUCCGGGGCGGGCGGCGCCCGCAGCCCGCGCCCGUAAGCGGGCCUCGGCCAACAUCUUCCAGGGCGUGGGGCUGCGAGAGCUGCGGAGCCUGUUCCGGAGCGGCGGGGCCGAGCGGCCCGAGGAGCGCGCCCGCCUCGUCUGGCGGUACGCGGGCCAGCGGCGCAUGGCGCGGGCCCUGCGGCGACUUCGGCGACAGCGAACAGCCCAGCCCGGCGGUGUGAUGGCCGGGCUACGGCGCUUCGAACACCUUCGGAUCGCAGAGAAGCUGGAGGGUGACUGCGGGGCCAAGACGGGCUCGGGGUCCGUGUAGCAGCGCUGAGCGGCUGGGCCGUGGCGAGCAGCCUUCCAAGAACCCUAAGUGUACUGGGCAGGGUGCAAUGAAUGGUUAAUAAAGGGUGGACAGUG